GUCUCUUUUUCCUCUCCUCGCCACAUACCGGGGGCUGGGAUUAAUUCAGGAGCGGGUCAUGUUUGGGAUAUUGUCGGGGUCCGCUGAAAAUUGCGCAAAAUGGACGGAACUAUUAAGGAGGCGCUAUCAGUGGUGAGUGAAGACCAGUCCCUUUUUGAGCCUCCGUACGCUGCUGCUGCCCCUAUCCCCAAGACAGACAUGACUGCAUCUGGCGCACAGGACUACGGCCAGACCCACAAAAUCAACCCCUUACCCCCACAGCAGGAGUGGAUCAACCAGCCAUUGCGGGUCAACGUCAAGAGAGAAUAUGAGCACAUGAAUGGAUCCAGCAGGGAGUCUCCAGUGGACUGCAGUGUGGGUAAAUGCAAUAAGCUUGUGGGGGGUAAUGACACCUCUCAGAUGAGCUAUGGAAACUACAUGGAUGAGAAGAAUGCCCCUCCCCCCAACAUGACCACCAAUGAGCGGAGAGUCAUUGUACCUGCAGACCCCUCCUUGUGGUCUCAGGACCAUGUGCGCCAGUGGCUAGAGUGGGCCAUCAAGGAGUACGGCCUGUUAGAGAUCGACACGGCCAUGUUUCAGAACACAGACGGCAAAGACCUCUGCAAGAUGGGCAAGGACGACUUUCUUCGGCUCACCACCAUGUACAAUGCCGAAGUGCUUCUCUCUCAUCUCAAUUACCUCAGGGAAAGUAGCUCAUCAUUAUCCUACAAUACGCCAUCUCACACAGACCCAUCCCCACGUCUGGCUGCCAAAGAGGACCCUUCAUAUGAUGCUGUACGGCGGACAGGAUGGUCAAACAACAUGCACAGUGGCAAAGGUUCACCAGUGGUUAAUCAGAAUGUGACUAAGUCCACUGAGCAACCCAGACCUCAGCCAGAUCCUUACCAGAUUCUGGGUCCCACCAGCAGUCGCCUAGCCAAUCCAGGUUCAGGUCAGAUCCAACUGUGGCAGUUCCUCCUGGAGCUCCUGUCCGAUAGCGCCAACGCUGGCUGCAUCACCUGGGAGGGCACCAACGGCGAGUUCAAGAUGACUGACCCGGAUGAGGUGGCGCGGCGCUGGGGCGAGCGCAAGAGCAAGCCCAACAUGAACUACGACAAGCUAAGCCGUGCGCUGCGCUACUACUAUGACAAAAAUAUCAUGACCAAGGUGCACGGCAAGCGCUACGCCUACAAGUUCGACUUCCACGGCAUCGCUCAGGCACUGCAGCCGCACCCCACCGAGUCCUCCAUGUACAAGUACCCCUCGGACCUAGCCUAUGUGCCUUCCUACCACGCCCACCAGCAGAAGGUCAACUUUGUAUCCCCACAUCCUCAAUCCAUGCCCGUCACCUCCUCCAAUUUCUUUGGACCCACCGCUCCGUACUGGAGCUCGCCCACUGCAGGCAUCUACCCCAACCCAAAUGUUCCCCGCCACCCUAACACCCAUGUGCCGUCCCACCUGGGUAGUUACUACUAAACACCCCCACUGUGACCAUCCACCACCCUCUACAAACGCCCACAAUUGAUGACCUGCAAUCCCAAUGCUGCCUACCCGAUGGAGAUUGAGUAAGAGGCUGAGAAAGAAGCAUUUGUCCUCUGAAAAAAAAUCUUGCUCCUUAAUGAAGGAUGAUAAAAUGGAAGGAUUUUUUAUAUUUUAUUUGUAAGAAUCUAUAAACAACUGGAUGCUAUGGUCCAAAAUGGAAUACUACUUACCUUUUACAAGACUAGCAACGAUAUGUUUAUGCUUUUUGGACGUGCGUCUGAGUUUCCUUCUUUCUAAAACAUCCCCAAACAAAGCAGGACGGGAGGACAACUCGAGUCUGUCUCCCUUCUCGCCAAGCUACAGUACCAGACAUGGGCCUAUUAUUUAUGGGUCUCAAUCUACAUCCUCCUCAGUACAUUAUGUACAUUACGCUUUAAGCAUCUGACGUUAAUGCUUGUCUACAACCUUAUUGGGGUUUUCUAUUCCCACCACAUCUAGCCUUCUGUUUCCACUGUCUCCGCCUGCUUGUCUGUUCAUCUGCAUCUUUUUAUGUGUGUGUGGAGAGUCUUCUGGAAUUCGCUGGACAAGAAGGAGCUCUCAAAGAGUUGAACUUUUCUCAGCACUGAAUGAAAUUUGGCAACUGGAAUAUGCCAUUCACAAUUUUAUUUAUCAUCCAAACUGGAAGGCUAGAGAAGAGUUAAAUUCCGGAGAAGGAAGCGCUGUAUGUUUUGCUGGCCUGGGUCAACUCAGUUACUUAAAAUGCUUUCUGUGUGUUGUGUGCGUGGAGCUCAAGAUGGGCGACGUGUACAGUUUACUCCACUGUGCUGGGGAAGCUGAGUCAAGAUGUAAUUGAAGUAAUUUGCAACAGUAAUUCAACCCAGGUCAGAUGUUUUCAGGGGGCCACACACUAGGCUAUUAAAUGUUUGCCAUGUUGGUGCCUUUCAGCCAUGCUAUUUCCAGAUGUUUUGUUGCUGGACCAUGUCAGUAUUAAUGUGAAUGUCUUCUGGUUUGUGAAACACGUAAAAAGGGACACCCUGCAGCAAAAUCAAAAUUUGUCAGAUGUUUUUAUUUUGUUUAAUGAAAAAGAAAUCCGUAAUUUGUAAUACCAAGUUUGCUGCACACAUCUGAAUCUCAAACAUGAAAGUGCCUUUUUUUUUGUAGAUUUGAUUAUGUAGAAGUUGUCUACGCAACAAGUCUGUAUGGAUGUAUUGUUUUAUCCAAAGUGCCUGACAGUGUAUCCAGUUUUAGUAUAUGGCACAAUAAGAAACCUAACCCUCACAGUGCCUUAACUGCAGUUUUAUACCAUCAUUUCUAUCCAUUAUAGACGAAACAGCAUUACAUGUUUUAAAAUGCAUAUUUAAUCAUUACCUCCAUGUCUCACCAGAAAUCUGACAAUUUUUGAUUUUGAAGUGCACCCUGUCAAUAACAGCUGCCACAGUGUCUCCUUCUUCUUUGCAGGCCAGUCAGGACCUUAUAGGUCAGCACAGAAGAGUGGCCUAGCAGUAAGUCAUGUUAAAGGUGCAAGAUACGAGAUUGAGAGCAUUUUGAUUGACUCUCAACAUGGGGACGCCUGAGCCGGGGGUUUGUAGCUCACAGUGCUAAUAGUACAAACUAUGGCAAUAGUGCUGACAGAGCUAACUGUGUUAACCAGGGUUGGCGCUACGCCUCAACAAUGGUCAGGAUGACGUUAUCAGCUGUUCCCAUCGUUUGAGAGCACUGCACUGCAGAGCGACGGCUGUGAGCUAACCAUUAGGGCACGCUCACAUGCACUAAAAGAAUGUGCGGUGGGAUUGGCUAUGUCAACAGAGCAAUGCGAAGCUCAGAUAACAUCACACGCAGAGGGAGAGUGACUUCAUUCUCUGCUCAGGUAGACAUUACUCCACUAUAUCAUUACAUAGCAAAUAAUUGUUUGCUGCUAUAUUAAUGCUCUGAGUGUCGUAUAUUGCUCCUUUAAUAGACAGUUAAGUUGUAUUUUACCAGGGCUGGAUCCUAGUUUGAGAAAAGCAUGUGUGUUUGAAUGUUAGUUUCUCACUGAUCUAAAGCCCAGCAAAAUGCACAUGAAUCUCAAGUCAGAAUUUCAUCAGUAUCAUAUCGAAACAUAUCCAUACGUGUUCAAAGCUGUUGAUAGCAAAAGUAUUCCUUUAGAGUAACUGUAAAUGGACACUUGAAAAUAAAUUACUUGGGACUAAGUAGUUUUUCAGAGAACAAAACCAACAAAGUAUGACGAGAUGAAACAAAGAAAUCCUCAGAUUCGCAAACGCUGUGCGUUUGUCAGACCUAUUUUUUAUUGUUUUAUAAGCAUCAGUCAACUAGGCAUUAAAGCAACUUACUGUAUAAAUUAUGCAGAGUUAUUUUCAUAUGUGACACAGUAUAGAAAGUCAAGAGAAUUAAUACGAGUUGACCUCGGUCAAAAAUGCAAACCUUUAAAGUCCAUUUCUGCUAAGUAGUUUGUUCAGCAUUUUAAGCGUUUUUAUAUCUGUACAUUUGGGCAAUACAUUUUAACAUUUUGUUAUUGUUAUUAUUUCUGAAAUUCGGUUGUAACAUCCUAAGUGUCUUUAUGUGCUCGUGAUAUUUUCUUGUAUACCCAAAACCACAAAUGCCUGCUUGAAUCAUAACCCAACCACCAGGGAUUCCUUCACUUUAUAUGCAACAUGUGAUUAUGAUGAAACUUUUCCAUUGUGAAUCAAGUUUUAUACCAAAGAACCCUGGAAUUGAAAGCUUUUCCUGUGCAUUAAAGAAUUUCAGGUAUGUUAUGCAAAACAAUACAAACAGUAUUAACAUCCACAACCAGCUUCUCUCGAAAGUUUAUAACUUUAAAAGAAAGAAUUAAGAAGGGAACUUGUAAUUUGUAGCAUAAAGAAAUUAUUCUAAUGUACCCUUCAUUUCCAUGUUUCACAAGCAUUAUCAAUGAAAAGGGAUCUGUGCUACUUCGUAUAUGCAAUGUAUUUUGGAUAUCAAAUAUAUAUAUAUAUAUACAUAUAUAUAUAUGUGUGUAUAAUUUUACAAUUAACCAAUAUAUUAUUAUUAUUAUUGUCAUUCCUGCAAUGUAUGAAGUAAUACCUUUUGAAAAAGGGCUUUUGUAUAGGAAAAUGUGACAAAAUAAAUGUUUUUACCUCUCAAGUUAUCUUCCAUUGCCUGCCUGUUGCCUCAUCAGAUCAUCUUUGUAAGGCUUGUUAUCCAAUUGGAAUA